AUGGAGUUGCUCAAGUUUUCGAAGGUUAAGCUUCAAGUACAAGCGCUCAUUACAGAAGUUCGAGAUCUCAGGGACAGGGAACGCUCAGCCACCGAUCAGCACCGUCAUCUCAUCCAGAAGCAGAAGCGGAAUGAGGAAGAGUGUAGCAGAAAGAUACAGGAAUUGCAGGGCGAGUUGGCCUCAAUCAAAGAAGAGCGCCAGAAACUGGAGAGAAAGGUGAAUUACCUACAGAACGAUAAUGUGCUGCUUGAAAACAAGCACAAAGAGUUGAAGGGGGCACUAAAUAGCUUACUUCAGUCCAGGGAUAAUUUUGUGCAUGCUUACGAGGAAUCUACUUCUCAAAUGAAACGUUCAAUUGAAACCAAAGAUAGGGUGCUCAGUGUACUUUCAGAGAAGAUAAACUCUCAUCUAUUAUUAUUUGAUUCUAUAGAGAAGGAGGCGUUUAAUAUCAAGCAAAUUGUGGAUAAAGUGCAGCACCUUGUUAAUGAUAAAGAGGAAAUUGUGACCAGCUUGAAAAUCAAAAUGGAUCAGGUCUCUGCAUUUGAAAAAGCAUUUGUUGAAAAUAUCUCUGACCUAAGAAAUAAACUGGAAAACAACGACGCUGAAUUAAGAAGAAAGGAAAGAGUCAUCUCAGAGCUUGAAGCAAAGCUGGAUGCAGCAAAACUUAGCAACAGUAACCAAGCUCAAUUAGAAGAUCUUCAGAAAACUUUAUCAGUAAAAGAUGCUGAGAUACAGAAUUUAAUUUCAGACAAAGAGGCAUUACACUAUGAAGUUGGAAGCUUAAGACUCAUCUUGCAGAGGAUUCAGGACACUUUGACAAAUAUGAAUGAAGAGGACAAAAGGUUAUUCUCAUCAAUUUUGCAACAUAAAGAAGCAAGUGUAAUGGAUGUGAAGAAUGCAGAUAAUAGGACGGAAGAUAUUGUUCAAAACAAUGAAGUGAAGGCAGAACCCACUUGAUUGCUGUCUUAAAAAGGCACAGGUUUUUUCAGUCUUUCGUUUAUGUUUCUCAACACUUCAGUAAUAGUGAUUGGAGCUGACUAUGUCAACAACAACCCAUAUUGUUUAAGAGGAGCCGUAACUUUGAAUCAUAGCAGUCAAAAGAGGACAAUGCAUUUUCCUUGACGAAGAAUUUUUUCAUUUUUUCUUCUCAAACUUCAUCGUUAGUAAUUCGUUGGUUCAUCUCACUCACAAAUAAGCAAAGAAGCACCAAACUGCAGUUUCCCCAAUUGAUCUCUGUGUACAAAAAAUUCUUAAUUUAGCUUUUUGUUUAAGAUUUUCAUGUACUUCCAAAUU